CUUCCUUUGUCAGGAAUGUUGAUGGAUCUUAGCUAGUGAAUCAUCGUCGAUCAUAAUGUUUCAUGAUUCCUUUCAAACACCACUAAACCAACCACAGAGGCGACAUAAAUAAGUGUUUGAACAUAUGCAUAGACGUAAUCUUGAUCGUUAUUUUAGGAGUCGCGUCUUUACUGAGAAAACCAGCGUGCAGACGAAACUUUACUGGUUGAUGAUUUGGAAUCUGAUACCGUUUGUAUUUGGUAGUCAUGUCAGAUCAAAUUUGCUAGUGGUAUGAGAAGGCUAGUGUUUUACAUAUUGUGCAUGAAUUUUGGUGAAUUAAGCAUGGCGUUGGGUUUGGACGGACACGAGAAGUUAUAGUCAACGUUUGAUGACUCUCAUUCAUAAUGGAUGAAGGACAGAAGAGAUCGUGGUUGUGUUAUGUGACUCUGACAGUGUUGUGGUGUUUGACAGCUCGGUGCUGCUGUCAUGUCAUACCUUUUGAACCAUCAAACAUGUGGUCAUUCAGCUACAUCUACUCACCAGCACGAGGUGUUUUAUGAUGUGAACAUCGAACCAGGACAUGUGGUGAGAAAGCGGAGUGUGGACCAGCCCCUUAGGAUCCACCUUCAUUUCGAUGAAAGCCUACGGGAGCUGCCAGACAAGCUCAGAAAACUGGUGCAGGAGACUGUGGUGGAGGCAGUUCUGUUCUGGCAGGACACUCUGAAAGUGAGAGGAACAGGGGCUCCAAUACGAUUGAGGAAACAGUGCCACAGCCAGCGAGUCCGGUACAAUGACACGAGGGUGUACUGUGUUGGGGGCUGUGCCAGUCAAACAGUGUGUGGGGACAUCAUCAUCCCGGAUGAGCACCUCGAGGGCUGCCAUUCCUGGGACCAGUCCACCUACAGGUAUGACCAUCAGACUGUGUCUGGCGCCGGCGUCAACAACACAGACUUCAUCCUGUAUGUCGCUGCUGUGCACUCCCAGCGCUGUAAGCAGGGCAACACCAUCGCAUAUGCAGCACACUGCCAACAGGAGAGAGUCCUUGACAGACCAGUAGCUGGGUAUUUCAGCAUCUGCCCCCAGUCCUUGUCUCUGGAGAUACAGGAAAAAAUGCAGCUGUUGUCAACCAUGAAGCAUGAGAUUCUACAUGCACUGGGUUUUACAGCCGGCCUGUACGCCUUCUACCGAGAUCAAAAUGGAGACCCUCUCACUGAUCGCAACCCCUUGUCACUCAAACCUUUUGGCUUCAACAGAAAGCUGGGCAUGUAUGUGUGGAGUACAAAUGUGGUGAAAAAGGUGAAACGGAAAAACUGGAAGUUGAAAACUGGGACGACAGAGAAGGAUGCUGUAUAUAUAGUUACACCUAAAGUAACAAAAGAAGUAAGGCGCCAUUUCAACUGUUCCACACUAGAGGGAGCUGAACUUGAAGACCAGGGGAUUGAUGGGACAGCACUAACCCACUGGGAAAAGAGAGUGUUUGAGAACGAAGCGAUGACGGGAGCAUAUACACAGAACUCUGUGAUUUCACGCAUCACCUUGGCGAUGAUGGAAGAUACUGGAUGGUAUCAAGUCAAGUAUGAGAAUGCUGGAAAUUUUGAAUGGGGGAAAAAUCUUGGCUGUGACUUUGUGCAGAAGAGUUGUUAUGAGUGGAUAGAGAUUAAACAAGAAAGGCAUGAGAGCAUCUAUCCAUACUGUGAGGAGGUGAGACGAGGGGAGCUGUGGACAGACUGCUCCAACAACCGACACUCGGUGGCGCUGUGUAACCUUGUGGAAUAUAAAUCUGCUCUUGAACCUCGAUAUCAGUACUUCACAUACCUCAAAGGUGUAGCAACACAAGAAGUAAAUAGAUUUGGUGGCUCUGUUAAACUUGCUGAUUAUUGUCCAUAUCUGCAGGAGUUUUCCUGGACCAGCAGCGACAGAUCGCUACGGGGGUCGAGCUGCAGGGCCGCCCAGAACAAUGUCGGUAGGUGUGGUGGCAGAGUCGCUGGAGAGCUGUGUAAUCUAAGACAUGUAUCAUGUCAGCCCAAUGUUAUUUCCCCUGCAGCAUUGACAAGGCCUGAUAAUGUUUGUGGAUGUUUCAGUUCCCCAGCAGACAGUGACAGGCAGUUCCACUGCAGCAGGGACAAGGGUCUGAUAGUACAGGUGGCCAGCAAGUCAUACCGCUGUUACCACCAAGGGCAGAUCCUCAACGUGGAGUUUGUCUCUGAUAACUACCUACACAAGGGCAGCAUUGUGUGCCCUCCCUGCCAACAUGUCUGUGAUGAGACUGGAGUCACUUGCCCACCGGAUAAAGACCUGCCAGAAGAUCCUGUCCAUGUGGAUUCGCUCCAUGCUCCGUGUGCUGCCGAAAGACUGGACACAACAUGGCUCCUUGCAUCACUCCUCACAUGCAUUUUUUGUCUCUUUUUGGCUCACAGCUGAGGCAGGCCUUCUCUCUGGGAGUUUGACAUUAGCAACAAAUCGUCAUGGACAAGGAUUCACUGUGUGUGUUUAGUUGGUCCUGUUGGUCAGGAACCGACACUGCUGUGCAAUAGAUGGAAUAUCUUGGAUUGAUAAAUGACAACUUUGUUUUCAAGGUCACAUAUCUGAUGUUGACGGAUUUUAUCUGAUAGGAAUUUACGACAGAUCUUGAAUUAUCAUACUUCCUGGAACAUACAUCAUCUGUCCGAUGCCGUUACCUUCAUGAUAUUGUAAUGUGACAAAGUAUCACGGAAUAUGAAUUCCAGUGAUAAUGAGUAUCAUCUUGUUGACAAACCACAGUUGAAUGGAAGUUGAUUUGUAGAUAUGAAAUUCCAAGAUACUUUGUGUUCUAUUUUGGAAUAGCUUUUCAAAAUAAUUUACUUGAGGCAGUACUGUAUGCUUUUCAGGGCAUUUCAGGAAUCAAAUUCCAGUCUGCACCAACACUACAAGCUUUAAUUUGCUUCAUUUGAUUGCAUUAAAUGUUACUCAGAAGACUGGAGCUAUAACAAGACAAUUGUUGUUAACCUGGCCCAGGGAUUGUGGAUUCAUCUUUGAUGGUGGACACAUUGUUUUCGAGGAAUUUGUCUGGACCUGUUUGUGGGCUGAGAGAGAUGAGCGUUGAAGAAGAAGAUGUUUGUUGAUGCUUCUAGACGAUGGCUUCUAGUUGGUCAUGACAGUAUGGUACAGCUUCAAGAAUGACCUUCACAUUGACUGCAAGCAAACACCACCAUUUCAUAACACUUGUUAAUAGAUUUGUAUCAAGAGAUCAUAAUGAAAACUGGCCACAGGGUCAAAUUCCUACUAAUGUAGAUAUGGCAUUUAAUCAGCACAUGAAUGCAAUGUUUCGUCUUGAACUAUUUGGAGUCUAAUACAGCAGUGUCAUCCACAUCUGAUACAGUAUAAAUUAUAUACACUACUCAAAAAGUUAAGGACCACCUGAUUCAUGGCCUGAUUAACUGUAGUGAUAUGAAAGACUGGGUUCUUAACUUAUUUUGAGUAGUAUACAUAUAGUAACGGCCAGUUGGGACAGUUGACUGUUGAUGGUAACCUUUGAGUGACCAGCGUGAUGUGUUUUAUACAUUAGAUUGGCUUUGAGAGUGUAUUUUCAGCACAAGUGGAAUGUUGGCGACGUGAGAGAGAGAGGUGAUUUGAUAUAUAUUUUACACAAACAUUUUCAUAUGCACAUUAUAUACAAUUGUACAGAGCUGGACGAGAGUAGACAGAGGUAGAAAGAUAUGUAUUUUGAUGAGAUGUAUUUAGAGAGGAGGGUGGAUGAGGAUAAUCGAUUGGAUGCUUUAAUGUCCUUGACUGUAAAAUCAGACAUGAUUUGAUCUGGGCAUCUACAGACAUUAUCAGUGAUUGUUUGACAUAUAUUUUCUGAUAUAGUUGGAAUUGGCAUGAGACCUACUGUAGGUUGACAUGUUGGCCAUACAUUGUCAUUUAUAGCUGGAAUCUGUAAGAUGCCUGUCAUGGUUGACAUGUUGGCCAUACAUUGUUAUUUAUAGCUGGAAUCUGUAUGAUGCCUGUCAUGGUUGACAUGUUGGCCAUACAUUGUCAUUUAUAGCUGGAAUCUGUAAGAUGCCUGUCAUGGUUGACAUUUGGCCAUACAUUGUUAGAUAUGAUUGGAAUUGGUAAGACUCCUAUUAUGGGUUGACAUGUUGGCCAGACAUUUUCAGAUAUAACUGGAAUUGGUAAGAGGCCUAUUAUUGGUUGACAUGUUUGAAGUACAUUGUCAAAUAUAUUUGGAAUCUGUAAGACGCUUAUUAUGGGUCAACAUGGUGGGCGUACAUUUUCUGAUGAAGUUCAGAAUUAAAAGAGGCCCAUGGAGGGUGGUCAUGUUCUACAUACUUUUUCUGAUGAAGCUGGAAUUGGUAAGAGGCCUGUUAUGGGUUGUCAUGUUGGACAUACGUUUUCUGGUGUAGAUGACGUCAGGGAAGAGGCCUUUAUUUGGUUGUCAUCAGAGUGGAGAUCACUUUCCAGACAUCUCCACUGUGAUGGAUGUGUUCAGUUUGUAAGCAAAUAUGCAAUUUGAGUGACCUUUUUGUAUUUGAUGUGGUUUUAUGUUUUUAAUUGUUUGGGCUGGAUUCCCACAGUUUUGCCUUUAGUGAUUAUCAGUUAGGCCAGACCUUUCAACUUUGUUUAUGAAUCAGCCACCUAAAACAAAAGAUAUAUGGAAAAAUUACCAAAAUUAACAGAAGCAGCCUGUUUUUGUUCAGCCUGCCAUAAAUUAGUAAAAUGUCAAAAAUCAUUU